AAAUGAGUGCAUUGACCAGGUCCAAGUCUCUGUUUGUGGAGAAGCCCAAACAUGAAGACUACCUUGGACCCGGAGGAUUACAACAGGUGGUGUCGGCCGUCGACGACGAAGAGGAGGAGGGCAGUAGGUUGGAUCUGAACUUCGGAGACUCCGGAGUAAAUGAAAACCCGGAGGGCGUGUUGCCUCCACAGGAGGGGCCCUUCUCCGCCCUGACCCCUUCCAUGUGGCCAAGUAACCUCUCUCAACCUGAGUCAAAAGACGACAUUGAACACUUUGAUGAGUUUGGCUUCCGCAUUGAUCGAGAGGAUGGCCCUGAAGACACCUCCAAUCGUCUGCUGUCCCAACCAUUCCAAGACGAUCCACAGAAACGGCUCAAAUGGAUCGCCCAUAUGGAGUUCGCCCAAGCCUCUAAUGGCAAUGGAGAUACCUUGGGUUGGGAUCGAAUGGUGGAAAAUAUCACACGCACUGAGAAAUUGCGAGCAAUGGUGAAGGAAGGUGUGCCUCACUCGUUGCGAUCCCACAUUUGGAUGCGGCUUUCGGGCGCCAUUCAGAAGCGGCAGGAGUCGGAUGUGACUUACAAGCAGAUUGUUCGAGCGUCUUCAAAUGAUCAUUUGAUGACUUCCAGGCAAAUCGAAAAGGACCUUCUGAGAACAAUGCCCACUAACGCUUGUUUCAAUUCCUUAAAAGCCACUGGAAUCCCCAGACUGCGGAGAAUUCUUCGAGGGAUCGCGUGGUUGUACCCUGACAUUGGGUACUGUCAGGGCAUGGGCAUGAUCGUGGCCAUCUUUCUCUUAAUCAUGGAGGAAGAGGAUAGUUUCUGGAUUAUGGCUUCCGUGGUUGAAGAGCUUCUCCCCGCAUCCUACUUCUCUCCCAGUUUGGUGGGGGCCCAAGCUGACCAAUUGGUUUUGCGAGGCCUGAUUGCCUCGUGUCUGCCUAACUUGGAUGGACUUCUUCAGGAGCAUGACAUCGAGAUUUCCCUAAUUACGUUAAACUGGUUUCUAACUCUUUACUCGAGCGUUCUUCACAUCAAGAUCCUGCUUCGUCUUUGGGAUCUGAUUUUGUGCGAAGGCUCCAAAGUCUUGUUCCAAAUCGCCUUAGGCAUGUUGAGACUGCACGAGACGGAGCUGUCCCAACAAGACAACUCGGCUGCCAUCUUCAAUUUCCUCUCGACUCUGCCAAUAAAGAUUAAUGACAUCGACUCCCUCAUGAAGGCCAUGGAGGAUGUCCGACCCACCAUAACGGACAUUAUCAUCGAGGACAACCGUCGACGACACGUGGCCUUUUUACUCUCGGAGCAGGGAUCCUGGCGAGGCGACUUGGAGCGUCAUAUCACCGGAUCCAAGAUCAAAUUAACCAAGAGGACCAUGAAGCGCUCCAAGUCCGUGAUGGAUCUGCUUCUCUUUCCCAAGCCCAAGGAAGGCCAGAACAACAGCAAGUCCAAAAACAUCAUGCAGACCGAGGUCCUUAUCAACCUACGGGAGGCCAUCCUUCGACUGGCCCAAUAUUUCCAGGCCGCUGACCCAGCCUCUUUUGCCGAUGUCGACAUUAAUGCGGAUUACUCCAUGGAAAGCCAUGUCAGGGACCACGAGACCUUCCUGGCCAUCUCGAAAAGUAAACGCAAACGAGCGCGAGCCGUGUUAGAUUUCGAGCGCAGGGACGACGAUGAGUUGGGUUUCCGAAAGAACGACAUCAUUACCAUUAUCUCGCAAAGAGAUGAGCACUGUUGGGUGGGCGAACUCAACGGCCUUCAAGGCUGGUUUCCGGCCAAAUUGGUGACCGUUCUCGACGAGCGCAGCAAGCAGUACUCUUUCGCCGGGGACGAUAGCGUGUCACAAGCCGUCACCGACCUCGUUCGAGGGAGUCUGUGCCCCGCCAUUAAACAGGUCCUGGAGCACGGCCUUCGGCGAUCCCCGCUCUUGUUAGGCCCCUGUCACCCUUGGUUGUUUAUCGAGGAGGCCGCUCUUAAAGAAGUGGAGAAGGAUUUUAAAUCCGUCUACAGUCGUCUCGUUCUGUGCAAAACUUUCCGUCUGAAUGAAGAUGGAAAGGUCCUUUCGCCCGAGGAGCUGUUGUUUCGGUGCGUGGAGGCCGUAAAUUUCACGCACAACCCGUCGCAUGCGCAAAUGGACGUGAAACUAAGGUCCUUAGUGGCCUUCGGCCUCAAUGAGCAGGUUCUGCAUCUAUGGCUAGAGGCUUUGGCCUCUAAUGAGGACGUGGUUAGGAAGUGGUUCCAUCCGUGGAGUUUCAUGAGUAGCCCUGGGUGGGUUCAGAUCAAAUGCGAACUCCGAAUCCUCUCGCAGUUCUCGUUUAAUCUCAAUCCAGACUGGGAAGUCAGGUCUUCAUUGCGGGACGAGCAGAAGCCUCUCCAAGAAGGGGUGAAAGAUAUGCUCGUGAAGCACCAUCUCUUCUCUUGGGACCUCUAAUACCUAGUGGUAGUUACGUACGACGACGAACUCUUCGUUGCUGUGAAUAAAAGAUUGAUCUUCGCUGGGGAAACGUUCCACAUUUUUUUCCUCCACUUGAGUCGGCCUCUCUUUCUACUUGUAGCUAGGUAGAGGAGGAAGAUUCCACUAAUUCCGAGAUGAGCUCUCGCCGUCGGAAGAGCCGUGCCACAAAAUGAUGGCAGCCCGCAUUUGAAAUGGAGAAAAAUUCAUUCACGAGCGGAUCAUUUGGAUGGACCUGGAGAGCCAUUCCACGAACGAGACGACGAAAGCUAAUUUCUCUGAUUCUGAGCGAAAACUUAGACGCCUUGAGGUGGAAAAGUUGAGCCAUCAAAAGAAAAAAGUUGACCAGAUCUCUAGCUUUCGUUCCUCCAACCAAUUUAGAUUCCAUCCCAAUCAGUUUAUGAUACCCUUUAAGGCGUUCUGAAUAGGACUGAUGUGUCCUUCAAAGAGGACCCAUAUCCAACUGCAACUUUUGGGACACAUAAUAUUUGGUUCCUUUAUAACACUUAAAAACACUUGAAGAAAAACAUUUCAAGUUCAAACCUAACUUCUAACAUAAUUCUAACCGUAUUUCAAAUGAAUAAACCGUCUUUUACUGCUGUCAAAAAAUGCAUACAAUGAAACCUGGAAAGAUUCCCCACUUCGCCUGAAUGAGAGGCACUAAUGUUCAUGUAAAUUACAAUUUUACAAUUUCAGAUGAAAAUAACGCAUUUUCGAUAAAUCGGCGCUUUCUCAUUUUAUUUUGUCACUGGUCAAAGCCAAAUGAUGGUUUGUAUCUUUUGUUGACUAAUGAGCUAAUUUGGGCCGUGACUUUCAGGUCAACGUUAUCAAGCACAAUGCAAAGGGUGUGUUUGUUAAGCCAACCAAACAGGCCCGUUUCUAAAGUGAAAUUAAUUUUGGGUGUGGUAUUUCAUUGUACAAUGUGCUACGAAAGUAAUGGACCACCUCUAGUUUUCAGAUGUCUUAGGUUGUUCAAAUGUGCAUUGAUGAAUCAAAUCAAAAGGUUAUUGUUGGCAUAUUAGAAACAAAAUUGAACUCAAAGUUCGGUCACCGCACUCUAUUUCUUAGCUCAAUAUCAGAAUAAUG